AUGGCGGCCACCAGUGUAAACAUUUACUCACCGCUUUCAAGACUUAGAAACGAUAAUCAGUUGUUGCUUGAACAACUAAGACACGGACAGGAUGACAUUUGGAACGUUUUGAAGAACAUGCAAUCCACAAGGGUUUCAUAUCCGACCAGAACAUACGGAGAAACGAGUUUUACCUAUCGAGGAAGAGAUAGAACGCCAUCGAAGGUAUCUCGAAAAGUGCACGAGAACAUCAGAAAUACGGAUCAAACAAGCACACCGAAAAGCUAUGGGCAAGCUUUGGUCGCUGGUGGUAAUGAUAGAAGAAGCAGGACCCCAGUUAUGCCGGCUUCUAUUCUAACUACUCCUGGUAACCGCAAAAAGACACCCAAAAAAUCUUUGCAUGUUAGCUUUGAACUUUCUCCUCAUCAAGAGCGUAGUGUGAUUGGUGGUAACAAUGCAAGAAGGUCUCUCCUUGGGUAUGACUGGAUUGCAGGUCUGUUAGACAACACUUCGUACCUGUCAGAAAGACCAGAUGACUUUUUUGAUGAGUUGAAAGAGUUUAGAAGAGUUAACAAGGAGGAUUGCUUUGGAACCACUCUCUUGGAGAGGCCAUAUUCUCCACUUAAGUUUACUCCAGCCAGGAACUUUGCAGGCAAGGAAGAGGAUGCAGUCACAUGUGAAAAUGCAUACACUUUAAAUGAGAGGCUCUUUCCUGUACCAAUCCAUGGCCCAGAGGCAUCAUGCUCAGUUUGUCAUACAAAACGAGAGUCAGAGUAUGAAACAGAGGGAAGUUAUGUUCGAGUGAGUGUACCAAGGUCAUCACUUGUCUCACCCCACAAGUUUAAACCUCAUAGACGAGCAAGCUUUGAUCCAACUGAUUCAGUGGGUUUGUCAUCACAUUGUCUGGCUGGAUGGGAGAGUUCUAAACCCACAGUCAUUCCAAUGCCUUCAUCAUUAGAUCUGAGAACAUCGCUUCACAAGUCUCGCACCACACUGGAUGCAUCUCGAGCUGGCAACUUCCCUAGCUCUACUACUGAGACAACAGAGGAGUUAUUAAACAGAAGUCACACACUCAGAUAUGGUCUUCAGGUGUUAGACAGAGAAAGAAGAGGAACACCUCAACCUCCUCAUACCACACCAUACCCUUUUCUCUGACAAGCUGCUUUUGUUUAGCCGUGUACAAUUACCUGGAGAUGAUUCUAUCUGUUACAUGAAGAUGGUACAUGUAUAGCAUUAUUCUACUCUCUUAACCCUUGAACUGCUAAUAUGUGAAAAGCAAUUCUCCUUUCUAGAUGUUUCACAUUUCCUUGUAAAAUAGCAAAGAGAUUUAAUGUUCGACAUUUGAAACCAGGCAAGCACCUUUUAGCUUAUACUGUACUCCUUGUAUCUCUGUCUAUUCUCAUCUCCUGUUAAAUACAUGGAUAUGUGCUUCUCAAUUCAAACAUGUUU